UUUCUGUUUUGCUUCCAGACUUGCGGGAAACACUUUCUCAGAAAAGCCACACGAUAAGGCCUAUUAUGGCUUUCAUGUGGGGUGGCAGCGAAAUGCGUGAUCAGGGAUAUUUUUGUCUGUUUUCUGCUCUCUGAACCUUUUUUUAGCGUGAAGGUUUACAAGGCUGGUCACUUUGUAUUAAGGGUUCAUUUUCGCGGUGAGAAUUGAAUUGGUUAAGGAAUAAUUCCAGCAGAGUGUGUGUAAAUCUGUUGAGGCGACUCGAUAAAUUCAGCAUUGAUGUCUUGGUUCUACAGCGUUAGCAUGUCAGUUGCCAAACAUGACUUGGGGUGAUGUGCUUGUGGGCCAGCUGUAGGACACAAUAACCCGUCUGCACCAGCCUGCUUACACAGUCCCAGGUUCUGAUCCAGACAGUCGGAUCCCGUGUCUCCUGGCCCCGGGAGUUCCGCCCUCGGUCUGUGCCGUAUGAAGACUGGGUUUAAUGGGAACAAGCUGUGCCCUGCCCCAACCCGACCAGCAACGGAGGGGAGGGCCACUGGGCAGGAGGAGGCGGGGGUGGGUACAGACGCUGUCAGCUGCAAACGGAGGAUCUGUUCCAUCUGGCAAGAAGAGCUCCAGCCGAACACUAGCUGUAACGCUCCUCAGCAGCGGGGAAACAGCUGCCUGGCUGCCUUUCGGUUCCCACCAUUCCCCGCUAGAGCUCCCCGCUGACUGUCGGUGUGAUCCUCCCCAACGACGCUGGUUCCCUCAGCCAGCAUCUGUUCUCUGAAUGACCAUGAAGCUCUCUCUGUUCCUUUCUUUGGCCUGUGUGUCCACGAUUCUCCUGUGGAACUGCAGCUGUGAUGCCACACCCUUCCCAUUCAACAUGUCUGCAGAAGGCAGUGGGGAGAGUGACCCAGAGGUCAUAGAACCUGCCUCUUUUACCACUCGCAGCCCAGACCAUGUGUCUCCAACACCAAGGGUCACCACUGCCACUCGCAUCAAGCACUUCAUCCUCAAUCAGGUGGUGGAUUUCCUGCGUGAGAACCUGCUCCUCAUCAUCGUCAUCUCUUCACUGGUCAUCAUCCUCAUCUUCAUUGUCUGCUGUGCCUCUGUCAUGAGCCACAAACGCAAGCUCAAUGCCUACUACCCUUCAUCCUUUCCCACAAAGAAGUACGUGGAUCACAAGGAUAAGUCUGGGGGUGCCAGGACGUUCAAUGAAGUUCCAGGCAAACUACCUAGCACCCAGCAGGCCCGACCACUGGAACCUGUCAAACAACCACAAACUGACAACAGAAUGAUCACCAAGAACCUGAGGACUCCCUCAAAUGCCUUGGUGGGAGAGAAGGAGGGCAAGGAGUCCAAACUGAAACCCCAUGAAAUUCAAGCCAACAAGGAAGACAGGAAGCCAGAGGAGACCACCCAGGUCGCCAAGCAGGAGGAACCUAAACAAACCCCAAGCACCAGCCAACCCCCCCUGGUUUGUCUGUGUCACUUGAGAAAUGGCAACCAGCCAAAUGCUUCCCAGAAUUCAUCUGGCCCAGAAGAUCGAGUGGCCAAGAGAGAUGGGAAUGUAGCAAAGGUUCAGGGAGUUGUUGUGGAAGUGGUGUAAAGAAUGAGGAGGAGAGAUGACUUAACACUGUGUAUGGCUGGUCUGAUGCCUUCAACACAGCAUGUCUGUCACACUAUCCUGAAGUAUUUUUUUGCUAUUUUGUUUGAGAUGGUGGAAAAUUAAAACCAAAAGAAUCAAAGGCAGAUCUGUAUUAUUUUUCCAACUGAUUAUUUAAAAUUAUUUUUCUGUCAUCAUUAAUGCACAGAAACCAAAUAUGGAUGACUUCUGUGACUUCUGGUGCAUUGCAUGAAACUUGUUUUAGGCCAAAAAGUAUGAGCCAAAAACCAUGAAAAGUAGUUCCUUGAUUUUUUUAUUUUUUUUUUAUUUUUUAUGAGACGCAUGUCUGAUUUUCCACUCAUUCAAAGCAGGAUUCUGGCAGUGCCAGACACAACCUACUCAGCAUAAACAACACUGCUCUUUUAUCAUAGUUCUGUAUUCAUUGUUGCAUAUUUUUGGAAGAGACAAUCUAUGAAAAUACCUCUUGUGGUGCACCAUUUCCAAGGCACUGAGGUUGUAAGCCAUUUCUAUCUGCAGUGAUAUACCUGCGCAUUGUCCCCCUCAGUGCCUAUAUUUUGAUCAGCAAGGGAAGAAUAUAACCAUAUGUGUAAAAACUGAUAUCACAGAUUUUUUUUUUCUUUUUUAAGUAGCAUGCAGCUGUUACGUUAAUUAUCUUUAAAUGUUUCUAGUUUUGAGUGACCUGUGCUUACCUCUUCUGAUUCACUGCAUCUUUAAGACAGCUUCACGUUACUUUAUUUAAUUUUGGCCUUUUUUCAGGUCAACUUUUCAUGGUAGACACAAGAAAUCAGUCAUUGUUACAUUUACAUUUAUUCAUUUAUCUGAUGCUUUUAUCCAAAGAAAUUUCCAAUUGUGUGCUCUCUGAGAUUGGUUUGCUUUAAAGCAUUACCACUAAUCUUCUUGGAGCACUAUGGUUACAUUCUUUGUCUUGUCCCCCUGAAGGAAAAUUAUUUUUAAACUUAAUAUCCUUCUCAUAUAAUGUUGUCAGCUAUGACGCCCACACUGACUCCUUUGUCUCCAGCAUAAUGGUAAAAGAAAGUAAAUAUAGUUGUAUUUUUCUUGUUCAUAUGCAACCUAUCUUGCAAACAAAUUGGUAGACAUUACGUCCCUUUAUUGUACCACUUAAAGGACAUUACAUAGUUUCCUGGCAAAAUAUGUCUGGUACUAGACUAUUAAAUUGCAUUCUGUGUUUUUAUAUUUAAGUGCUCUUUGAAGUCAGGAUACUUGUCUAAUGAUAAUAUGACGUUAUAUUUUCUGUUACUCUUUUUGUGUGAGUCUGUUUAGUGGCAUAUAAUAUUCAUUUAACUUUAUACAAAAGGGGAAAUCGUGUAUGUGUCUGUUAAUGUUUCACUUAGGUUAUUUUUCCGAAUGAUGAAUUUUGAUGUGAAAUUAAAAAAUUGAAAAUUAAAAAUAACUGUGGACGGAAAAACAUAGGAAGACUGUGCAAAAAAAAUGGCAGUAAUGAUGCGUUUAUUCCCACUUUAUCAUAAGCAUGGUUUUCCGAGUUCCUAAAUGCUUAUGUCAGCUAAUAUAACCGCCACAAAUAAACAUAGUAAUAAAAUAA